AUGUCUGGUCACUCACGAACAGACUUCUCAAAAAUGCCACCCCUAGGCGCCCACCAGUUACCCCCAAUAGGGGCUCCACCUACACCACAGACAGCCAGGAGACUGCCAAAGCACUCAUUGAUCACUUCUACCCUGAUGCUCCACAGACACCUUAACGCGACAUCACGAGCUCAGAUCAGAAAUGACGACCCUCCUCAGUCCCACGAUGACCCUUCCCUCACCCAGGAGAAGGUGUUAGAGUGCUUAAAACAAAUGAGCCCCAAGAAGGUUCCCGGACUUGAUAACUUCACAUCUGACAUAUGUCUGCAAUUGGCAACAGAUUACCCUCGACUUCUGACAGAUAUACUGAACCGUUGUCUUACACUCCAACACUUCCAUGACCAGUGGAAAACAACAUACUCCGGUUUCCGGGAACAGACAAGCACGUGCGAAGCCAUUAACACAGUUCUUAAAAUAAUUAAAUUAGCCAAAUCAGAAAAACCCCUCAGCAUCGCGAUAUCUUUGGAUAUUAAAGCAGCCUUCGACAACGCUUGGUGGCCUGCACUUUUCCACCGGUUGCGGCAUAUUCAAUGCCCUAAUAACAUCUUUGGACUCAUCCAGGAUUAUGUCCGCGAUCCGGAAGUCAUCCUUGACCAUGCGAGGAGGCGAGUCACCAAGACGAUGUCUAAGGGCUGCAUACAAGGUUCCACGUGCGGGCCUGUUCUCUGGAGUAUCAUACUAGACGAGCUGCUUGAUGCGAGGCUUCCAGCGGGCUGCCACAUACAGGCUUUUGCGGAUGAUGUCUUGUUGGUUGUCACGGCCGCGAGUGUCGGCGAGCUGGAGAGCGCUGCCAACUUAGCUCUCCACCAUAUAGUCGAGUGGGGAAGGAGGGUCAAGCUGGCCUUCGGUCCCACUAAAACUAAGCUCAUUGCCUUCACUCCCAAGGCUAAUGUAGCCAGCAUUAACAUGGACGGGCACCGUCUUUCCUUUGUGCCAGAGGUUAAACUAUUGGGAGUCAUCUUAGAAGAAAAAUUAAACUUUGGGAAACACGUGAAACAUGUUAUCAAAAAGGCCGUGCGAAUCUUCAACACACUUUGUAUGUACUCGAGACCCACAUGGGGAGCCCAUCCUGAGAACAUCAGUACCAUUUACCACCAAGUGAUCGUGCCAACUAUCACAUACGCUGCUGGAAUUUGGUUACACGUUGCCCAGAAAAGGGCACUCGGGAGCAUGCAGCGCGGAUUUGCCAUUAAGGCUAUUAGGGGAUUCCGCACGAGUCAAGAUUACUCUUUGUUCUAG